CUUGUUCGGCACGGAGUCAUGGUUUGUCCGACAAGCCCUGAAUGCGCCAGGGACAGAUGAGAACCAAUAGCGUGCGACAUCCUGCCGGAGGAAAAAAAAACCUGUUCUGUUGAAAACCGAGACAAGGAGCUUAACGGGGUUAGAAACUCGCCGGCAUCUGGACCAGCGUCCGCAGCAAAGCCCCGCGGGAAAGUGAAUGAGAUAGACGUCGUCCUCCAGCCAGCGAGUUAGCAGCCGCCGUGUCGCAGACCAGAAGCGCAGAUGGACACUAGAAGCCCAGCUGAGGAGAAACCUGUCCAGCGAUCCAAGUCCUUCAGCUUUAAGACUCAAAAGGAAGUGUGUUCAUCAUGUGGGAAGACUGUCUACCCCAUGGAGAGAUUGGUUGCCAACAACCUGGUCUUCCACUCCACAUGCUUCUGCUGCAAGCACUGCAACGCCAAACUCAGCCUUGGCAGCUUUGCCGCUCUUCAAGGUGAAUUUUAUUGCAAGCCACACUUCCAGCAGCUGUUCAAGAGCAAAGGCAACUACGAUGAGGGCUUCGGGCGCAAGCAGCACAAGGAGCUCUGGGCCUCCAAGGAGACGGAUAAUAUAUAACAAAGACAGCGUAAUGAUGCCUGGCUGAGUCCCAUCCCAUCUCACCCUGCCCUCUUCCUUUACCUCCUAACACCUCCAAGACAUCACAAUGAACACGUGCCCUGUGCCCCGUGGCUCAAAUCACCCACACGCACGCUCACUCGCUUUUCUUUUUAAACCACCAGAACAGAUACAUGCACGAACAGCUAGAAAAUGACUAGCCUUCGUUCAUAAAACUCAUAUUACCGCAGGGUUGUGUUUUGGAUUCGUUUUUAAUUUGAUAUUUUACUUUUUGUAGUUGAUAGUUAUUUGUGACCAAAACCCUCGUGUACAAGGAGUGUCAUAACAAUGGCUUUGAUUUUUAGAUCUUUUUAAAAGUUCCUUUUUAACAUUUGACGCCCAUUUUUAUUAUUUUUCUAAAAAACUGAAGAACUGUGUGCUCAGACAAGCACAUCAGUGGCGUUAGCAGGCAUCCAUUGUGCGGUUAGAGCGUACACUCAGGUCAACGUUUGCCCAAGGAUCUUUCAAAAAUAUUACAUAGCCGAUUUUACUCACCUUACACAGAACACAAACUCAGUAUUGCGGCUCCACUGUCACAGACUAUGACUGAGGGACAAACAGGGUAGAGAGUACUGUAAAAUAACCGCACACGUCACAACGGCUCACCUCAUGUUGGCAUGGUUGUGUUUAGUUUUGUCGUUCACAUUUAGCCAUCGACUCCAACAGCCAGUUUGAGUCUUAUCCCUGCAUGUUGGUAUGACAGCGUCGAAAUAGCCUUAUCUUAACUGUACGCAUCUUUUGUGUUGUGAUGGGUUAUGUGUCUCACAGAUAAUGUCCCAUCUUAAAAUAGUUGUUGCACUUGAUUUUGGAUUUGAUUUAAAGUCGUGUCUUAAGUUUAGAGUUGAGGUCUUGGUAGAAUACGCAGACUGUGUUUUGUAUAGUGUACUGUAUGUACAUAGAGCUGUUCUGAGUGUGAUUAGUAAACAUUCCCCAUUAUGCCGUAUUCUCGUCUUACACACGACCUGAUGAUCACGGUCAAACCGAGGCAUCGUUCGUAAACAUCCCUCACAUGUUACAUUGAGAAUUUUCUCGAGACCCGCAGGUGUUUGGUUUCAUUGCUGUACUACAACUACACAUCUGUGCCACAUAGAAAUGUGUUGGCCGGACUGAGCUUAAGCGUCGCGGGAAACCACACAGUUUUGUUCCUUUUUGUCAUUUCACACUUGUCAGUUGGUGUCCUGUGAAAACAUUCCCCUGCUGUACUGUAGUUCUACGAGUUUUCUUUUUCGGGGGACAUAGACGGAUCCAAAUCAAUCACAGUGUCUUGAUCAUCAAUAAUUUGUUCCACUGGUACCAUCCAGUAAGCACAAAAUAAUUGCUUUUAAAAUAAAUGCCUUCCUCUUUUGUAGUACCAUGAUGUGGCUAGUGAAGGGUUUGUUAGACACUUCCUCUGAGGUGCUCCCUCGUGGUGCAAAGCGCCCUCUGCUGGGGACAGUGUCACAGUCGCGUUUAGUGUGAGCGAAAGAAAGAACUUUUGACUGUAAACCUCUCAACAUAGCCUUUAUUUUUAUUUAAGUGCAUGUUGCCUCAGUCUGCAGCGUUGCUGCUGCACUCAAGCCACUUUUGAUCUAAUUUAAUUGCAACACCUAAGAAGAAUGAGUCCUGAGUUCCACAUCUAUACUUCAUUCUAGUCCAAGAAUGAGUCUAAAGCCAUUCCAAAUAUCAUUUUAGAAAAUGUCUGAAUACCACUCAGACUUGACUGACACUUGAAUGACACAAAAUAUUUUUUGUGACAGAAGGUUUACUGUGAAGUCAAACAUGCUGUGCAGAAUAAAGAAGCGGAACGUAACAGAUGGAUAUUUUGCUGCUUUUUCUUUAAACAAAGAGAAGCCUUAGAAUAAAUAGCUGACCUUUAUUUCUUUUUCAAACCAGACCAUUUAAACGCAUAGGUCUCUACAGAGUCAGACCUGCUUACUUUAACAUUCAAUAAUUUCACUCAACCAGCAGCCAUUUUUCAUAUUUAACUUUUUAUCCACAUCUAAUGUAAAACAAUUCGAAUUCUUUUUGAUGUCUGUUUUCCUUUUUCGUAUAUUGAAAUGAUCCUCUGGAUCCAGAAUGCUUUAAGAUCAAGGUAUUGUAUCUACAAAUGCUGUCUUUGUAAUUCUUUCAUAGCAGUUCGCCAAGGUACAACUGCAAAAUCUGUGAAUUGCAAAUUUUAAGUGUAACAGAGCAGACAAGGUACACGUUACACUGGUGCCAAGAGGCUCAGGUUGUUUGUGGAUUGUUUUAUUUUUGUGCUACAUUUAAUGUGGAAUUACUUUUCAAUGCUGUUGUUAUUGACCUUUUAAAUGUAUGCAUCCUUAACAAUGUAUUCUAUAUUACAGACUUGACCUGUGGAUUGAGGUGGCCUUAAAGCAAAAGGACACUUGGACUGUUUUUGCAGUCUCUCUAUUGUCUCUUCUCCCUUCUCUAUCGCCUAGUUGUGGUGUAGAACAUUUUGACCUGUAAUGCCCCCCCCCCCUUGCUACGCCAAUACACACAGUUUGUGCAUUUUCUUUUUUACAUGCUUUUGGAGAAAAGAUAAAUAAAAAUGCUGGUGUUGAUAUA